AUACGCACUGCCACUGAGGAUGACAUUCCCCAGGUCCACGCAAUAUACUGCCACUAUGUGACAAAUACCGUCUUGACGUUUAUGCAAACGCCGCCACCACUGGAGUCCACCAUUGACAAGUUCAGAAACAACACGAUCGCGCGCGGGCUACCAUACCUCGUUGCUGUGGAUGAGGAGGACGAGGAUGAGAAAAGGGUGAUAGGAUUUGCCUAUCUCUCGCCAUUUCGGGGCUCAAUGCUCUCAUAUGGACCUACAGUCGAGUUAUCCCUAUUUUUAAACCCAAAUCAAACGAAUGGAGGAAUCGGCACGCGACUCCUGUCGACAUUGCUUUCAAAACUAGAUUCUAAGCCAAAUACGACAGCAGUAUUGCACAAGGCAGUAGAGCAUGCGGGAUACCAAGGGUAUGAAGAGUUCUCCGAACCAAUGCCUGUUCAGAAUGUCCUUGCGUGUAUGGCUCUCGAUCCAGAUGGCAUAAACGGAGGGGAGGGGCUUCGAAUGUGGUACGAGCAACGAGGGUUUGUGGAGAGGGGAAGAUUGAAAAGGGCUGGGUGGAAGAAGGGC